ACCUGAAGAUGGCAACACUGAUCCUUCUUGAUAAAGAGAAUGGUGAAGUUGGUGCUACUAAGAAUCAGCUAAGACUCCCUUCGGGACCUUGUGUGUAUAUGCUGCCCUAAGCCAGUAGCAGAUCAAGUGAUGUCAAAAGUCUUAUCUGAAAGAACACAACUUAACACUCCACUUCCUAAAAAAAUAAUCAGUGUAUCUCCAGCCACAUCUCACUCUGUCAGAAAGGUUCUUGGAAAUGUGAAUAGAACUGAAGAAGUCACAAGCAAGAUGAAAAAGAUAAGACAGAAAAAGCAGCCUUUCACUGCAAAUGAAAUCACUGAAAAGACUGUGGGAUUAGAAAGGUGUGAUAGAGUGGCUGAAGAAGACUAUCCAGAAAAAGAAAAUAUAUUUCCUUUUGAUCCUCGAGGGUGUCUUUCUCAAACAGACUUUGAGAGUCUUGAUCUUCCUGAAGAACACAAAGUAAGUGAUAUCAGCCUGUGCGGUGUUCCCCUCAUGAUGUUUGAAGGGACAUACGACACAUGUGUGAACAUGGUUCCUUCACCUGUGAAGAUUGAGGAGAUUUCAUGGGAGUCCAACUUGUUACAAUCAACUGCUGACUUCCUUGCUACCCUGGAUGAGAUCAUUGACAUGCCACCUCCAAAUUAUGACCUCUAAUGCAUAUUCUGAAGCUUCUAUUGAGUUUAAAUUUAAUGUAGUUCUGUAUUUUAAUAAAGGCUAAUCUAACCUGUAUAAUACUGGACUUGUCUAUUUUCAGUAGAACCAAGAUGUAGGUAGUAAAAUAGUCCUGUGAAAAGGAGGCUAUCUGACAAGCAAUU